AUGUAUUCGAACAGCCAGUCUCCCCAUACUGGACUUGGGCUCGAGCCCAAAACUGACCGGUUGUUCGAUCUCGACUCUGCUAGCCAGUCGCGUGAGGCUGACGAGAGUUCUGCGACUGCGCUUUGGAAGAUGUAUUCCAAAGCCAAGGCGAGUUUACCGUACCGAUCGCGGAUGGAGAACCUGACUUGGCGCCUCAUGUUUAUCAAUCUCAACAAAAGCCGGCCUAAGAGCUCCGUGCAGUCGCUGGAGAAGCUCCAUGCUCAGCCGCAGCAGCAGCCAUCCUCGGCUCCAGACUCCUCUCGGCACGAGCUGGCUCCCGCCCCAGCCCAUACCGACCCAUCUAAUUACGCCAAUUGGCCGCAGUUCCCAGACCUCGACCUGCUGGACUCCCAGGCACAGCACCACGCAGACCCCAGCUCCAACGACUUUGACUAUAUUGAACACAUUAAAUCCAUAGGCAGCCAGCAAAGCCCAGCCUUUCCCCGGAAGGAGGUGUCUCCUAUUCUGGGAGCCCAGUUCUCUAAGCUUUCGCAGACGUUUAUGAACUCGGACUCGCUCGAGAUUGGAGCCAGCUCGUUUCCUACUGCCAUGGGACCUGACUUGAAACGGUCGCCGUCGCCUGUCGGGUUCGACGCCGUGUCCACUUCCGUGCCAACCUCCUUGAACCACCACCCGAGCCUCUCCCACAUCCCCACCGCGGACGCUUCUAACGACUUCCUCGGACACAAUUCCGUGCCAAACUCCAACCCAAUGUACUCGCCGUCCCAAUCGUCCAUCACAUCGAAAUCCCGCUUCCAGGCGUUCUCCUUCGACAAGUUCCACCCACAGUUCCCCAAAGAGGAGUUCAACUUCGACAUCGACGGCGACAUGAACAUGUUCGAGCAGUCCUCGCAGCUCGGCAUGGCCACCACCCCCACCAACAUCUCUACACCGCCCGUGCCGACCGGAGCCAAGUUCAACACGGCGCCCAAGUCUGCCAGGCGCACGAGCGUGGCCGCAAAACGCAAGCAGCCCAUGAAGCGCACCCCUCGCAGCGUCACGGACGUGUCCUCGCUCACGCCGACGCCCGGGUCGUUCCCGGACAACGGACCGUUUGGCAACACACCAACCGGCACUCCACCGUCCGCCACGUCUGUUGGCACGCCCAACGGGGGCUUCAGCGGCGUGGAUCAAGGAAGCAUUGCAUGCACAAACUGCCACACGAAAACCACCCCCCUGUGGCGGAGAAACCCCGAGGGCCAGCCGCUCUGCAACGCCUGCGGCCUGUUCCUCAAGCUCCACGGUGUCGUUCGGCCACUUUCGCUCAAGACCGACGUUAUAAAGAAGCGGCAGCGUGGAGCCACAAACAAGAAGCCUAAGCGCAAAACCAACGGUGACGACCUCAACCCAACGCCGAUCAUUAUCAAUAAAUCCAAGACAGGCUCCAGCCCGGCCACAACAGACCGCAGGUCUUCCCGACUCCAAGAAGAAAACGGCAACGACAUGAACGACGACUUUGAAGAAGAGGACGAAAACUACUACGACUCGCAGUCCUCCAAAGACAUGAAGGCUCUGGACUUUGACUCCAUUCUCUCGAUGGGGGCACAGAAUCAGAACCGGCCCAACGCAGAAGAAAACGGCGGCCGUCCUUCAACCCAGGGCUCGGGACAGCCGUCUGGCCAGGGCUCCAACAACAACUGGGACUGGUUGACCAUGUCGUUGUAA